UACUGAGCAGGUCUGCACACAGAGGUGCAGAUGGGCGCAGGAGUGCUGCCUCUCACUCAUAUGUGGAGACUGAAGUGGGGCCGGGUGACGGCUGCUGUUGGUGGCCCGGUACAGCAGAGGAGUGAGCCCUCGCGCUGUCACACAGGAUCUCUGUGUGCUCAGCGCUGCAGCACACAUGAAAGUUGGAGCUGCACGGUGAAGUUUCACAGAAUCACAUGGGAGGAGGCUUCAUCGCAGCUCCGGCUCAUCAGACGCUGCUGGUGACGCUCUACACUUUUCUUCAGGAUUAGUUUGUAGAAGCUGAGCUUGGAAUCAUGAAGGAUCAGAACUUAAACGAGGAUGUGAUGAAGAUCCUGGAAGAAGCUCCUAAUGCCAGAAAAGCUCUGAGGGAAAACUACGACAAUCUGCUCAAUGUGGCCGACUACUGCUACAACAACUACAUACAGGGUGGUGAGGGCAGUGUGAAGGCGUUGGAAGAAACAAAAAAGUUCACCGCCCAAUCGCUGGCCAGCGUCGCUUACCAGAUAAGCACUCUGGCCAGUAGCGUCCUGAGUCUGCUUGAUGCCCAGACCAAUCAGCUUCGCCACAUGGAGUCGUCUAUCAACCUGAUUGGUCAGACCGUGGACAUGCACAAGGAGAAGGUUUUCAGGAGGGAGAUUGGCGUGUUCACGGCGGUGAGACGAGUCCCACGCAGCCACAAGAUCCUCCCUCCCACCAGCAUACAGCCACGCCCACCAUACAGCCGCAAGCCAAUCAACUACCAGCAGCUGGACAGUCUGGGCCACGGCAUGAAGGUCUCUGGGAAACAGUCGGACAAAACCGGAACGAUCCGCAAACACGGCGCCUCCAUCAGGCCCAACAAAGCUCCAGAGGCAGUCCAGUGCCCCGUGGUGCCCCCUGCUGGCAGCUCCAGCUUUGGGAAACCUGUAGCUCCACCCACCAUCCCGCCCGAGGCUGACAUCAUCACCACGCUGCUGGACGAUGCCCCACCUCCUCCUCCUGCUCUCAUUGAGAUGCCAGUUCCAGACGACGCCUUGGCCUUGCCUCCCCCACCUCCUCUUCCUGGUUCAUCGGGAGAUAUAUUAGCCCCACCUCCUCCUCCUCCUCCCCCUCCUCCACCCUUUUCAGGUGCUAGUGCUCCACCACCAGCUCCACCCCUCAGCCUCGAGACAGUGGUGGAAGAGAACAGCUUUCCCUGUGCCUCUCUGCCUCCUCCUCUUCCUCUUUCUGAAGACGACGGCUUCCCUCCGUUGCCCGGUGACACCGCAGACCUGCUGGCCCCACCCCCUCCACCUCCACCUGACCAGGAGAUAGACGUGACCCUCCCAUCCAGGAGGAGUCACCGCCGUCGCUCACCCCCAGCCACUCGCUCUCUCUCUCUGAGGGUCCGCUCAGGCCCCGCCUCUCGCUGCCGCUAUACCCGCUCUCUGUUCCUGCCUACUGUCCAAUCACUCAUGAUUCCCCCACCUCCCCCCUAUCCUCCCCCCUGUGCUCCGCCUCGUCUUUCCUCCUCUUCAUCUCGGCUCUGCUUACCUGCUCGUCUCGAACACCUGGAUCUGGAGAUCCCAGCCCCACCUCCUCCGCUCUCAUUGGAUGAUAUGGUGGGGUUUGAUGACAUACCGCCCCUCCCACCUCCGGUGGAUUACGACACCAACGCCCCUCCAGAUUACAUUGAUAAAGUGAGGGCGCUGUACAGCUAUGAGGCUGUGAAGCCCGAUGAGCUGUCCUUCUCUGAGGGCGACAUCAUCUACCUGACUCAGCGCCAUGACGACGGCUGGUAUCAGGGCGUCCUGAACGGCAGACAGGGGUUCUUCCCUGAGAACUACGUCGAAUCGUGUGGCUAAAUGAAGCCCCGCCCCCUCAUGUUUAACAGCCCCACUGUAGCAUCCACUGAAUGAUUGUUAAUGUAGGGUAACUUGUUGCACACCUCGGAUCAGGUAGACUCCUCUGUUCUUAGCUUCUGGUUGGUUUCCCCACACCUGAGUGAUUAACCCUUCGAGCGCUCGUACAAAUCCUGUGAUUAAUGAAAUAAAGUUUUUCUUCUCAAA